AUGAAAUAUAUUGGAUAUACAAAUAAUGUUAAGCAACAAUAUAAAUUACCUAUUUAUGAGAAUAUAGAUAUGCAAUCACUUAAAUUACCACGUGUAGCAAAAAAUGUACCGUCUAAUAUUAUGAUAAGAUUGAAACCAAGAAUUUGGGAUGGUUUGAUGCCACCUAAUGAUAAAUCCAAUUUAAAAUUUGAUUAUGAAACACCAGACGAUAAUACAUGGAUAAUUAAUGGAGAAACUUUUCAUUUUAAUAAUAUCCAAAAGGAGGAGGGUGAUGUUGGCAAUAUUGUAGAGGAUCUUUUAGAUGGGUAUAAUUAUAACAUAAUGACAUAUGGACAAGCUAAAACAGGGAAAACGAGAUUUCUGUUUUGUGAACAUGAAGGUUAUAUAGUAACUAUCUGUAAAGCGCUUUUUACUAAAUUAUCAGAAAAUUAUCAUCAACAGCCUAAUGGUUCAAACUUUAAAAUUACUCUUUCAGCAUAUGAGUUGUAUGCAGAAGUUAUCUAUGAUUUACUGGUUCCAGUGACAAGUAGAAAGCCGUUGAAAUUAUAUCAUCUUAAUAAGAACGAUGAAACUGUAUUAGAAAUCAAUAAAAAUAAUUAUAGUAUAAAACAUCUGAAAUGUAUCAAUAUUAAGGAUCUCAAUCAUCUACUUAAUGAACUGCUCGAAUUGACAUCUGUUUAUUAUGAGUCAAGGAAAUCCCAUGUUUUCGUUAAGAUCAAUAUUCAACAGUUAAAUGUUGAUAAAGAUAUUUUGAAAAAUAGUAUAUUGCAAAUAGUAGAUUUUAAAGAUAUAGGUUUGACGAACGAUAUUGGUCAAGAAGAUAUGAAAAAAAUAAAAUUAGGUAUUGAUUCAUUUAAGUUGAUUAUUGAUAGAUUGGGUAGUAAUGAAAAAGUUCAUACUCAUUUUAAGGAUUCAGUAUUUACUAAAUUACUUUAUUCUUCUUUAAUGGACAAUUAUAAAAAUCUUUUCAUAAUAUGUGGUUCUACUUAUAAAAAUGAUUUGACAAGGACUUUAGAUUCUUUGAAAUUUGCAUCAAGUUUAUCUAAAUUGGAGACAUAUAUUUAUCAUAAUAAAUUUGGUUUGAAUUCAAAGGCAAAAUUUGAUAUAUAUGUUAAUGAAAUUAAACUUAAAGAAGAAAAUUAUAAGUUGCAAAUUGAAUUUUUAAGAAAGAAGUUAGAGACAGUCAUGAAUAUUCAACAGAAGCAUAAAGAAGUUGAUAAAAACAUUAGUCAAUUAAAGUUAGAAAAUGCAAAAUUAACAGAACAAAUUAAAAUAGUUAAACAACUUAGUAGUGAUGGUAGUGGUAAUGUCCAAAAGGAUGAUGAAUCAGAUAAAGACACUAAAAUCGACAAUUUGGCACAGUCAUCAUCUGAUGUCAAAUCAAAUAGUUCAAGAGAUAUGGAUAGGAGUAAUAGUGAUACACAAGAUGCAAUGCAAAUUAUUUUAGAAAAAUGUGAAGAAAUUGUUAAAUUACAGUUAUGUUUAGAUAAAGAAAGACUAGCAAAUAAAAACUAUCAACAAGAGUUAAAUGAAUUGCAUGAUAGAGAAAUUGUACUUCAUGAUAUGAAUAGUAAGUUACUGGACCAGGUAAAUUCUCAGACGAGAUCAUUAGAAAGCGUUUUAUCCUAUAAUGCAAUGUUGAAACAGGAAAUUUCAAAAUGGACGAAUCUUGUAGAGAAUCAAAAUGAAAAAAUACAAAGAUUGGAACAAAAGUUAAAGAAAGAUGAUAAUUUAAAUAACAAAGAUACCCUUAAGAAUGAUACAAACAACGAAAGAGGUCAAUCUUGGAGUUUUCCUGGUACAAAAACAGCCUUUUGGAAGAAUACCAAACACUCACAUAUCGAAUCUCAAGACUCUAUAACUCAAUCUAAAUCUAUUCCAAAGCUGUCAAAUCACGUUUCUGAACCAAAAGUUUUGAAACACGGUCUUAAUCUUAAUUCUAUACGUGUAGUGUCUAAUCCAAUAUCAGAAUUAUCUAAAGAAAAAAUUGCUGAAUAA